GUCAUUGAGAGAAGUCGUUGCCUGCAAAUUUAUCUCAGUAGCCAGGACUGACGGGAUCCAUCAGACAGUGAAGAUGAUGCAAGGACCAGUGCUGUGCUUUGUCUUCCUCUCCCUGGGAGUGGAGGAGCAGGUGGGAUCUGCACCUAUCUGUACCCAUGGACAAGAUGGCUGCCACAGCCUCUCCCUGCCGGAACUGUUUGACAGGGUGAUCCAGCAUUCAGCCAGGUUCCAUGGACUUUCCAGGGACCUACACACAGAAUUUGAACAAUACUUAUCUUCUAGUAGAAAUCAGAUUGGAGAAAGAAAAUGCCACACUUCGAGCAUACAGACCCCAAAUGGCAAGGAUAUUGCACAGAGCCUUACAAGAGAGGAGCUGACUGAGGUGAUCCUGAAGCUCCUGGCAGCCUGGGGAGAUCCUCUGUCUAACCUCCACAGCAUCAUGGCCCACCAGCAGGACUUCAACACACACAGUGGCAGCAAAGCCCUGGAGAUGAGUGACAUGGUCCACCAGCUCAAGAACGGGGUUCAGAGAGUGGCUGAGAGGAUGCAGCUCUUGGGCAUGAUCAGUAACUCUCUAAACAGGCUGUCCUCCACAGAGGUGCUGGAGCCCCCCUCCCAUGAGAGAUUUAGUACCAGUGACCACGACCUGCUGUACUGCCUCCGCAGAGACACAGACAAGGUCCAGAGCUACCUGAAGAUCCUCAAGUGCACCAUCCUUCCUGAACAAACCUGCUAGUUCUCAGAUGUAGCAUUCAGAUAAUCUCACAGAUAUCAAUCUAUUUAUUCAAUAUGAUUAUGAUGAUGAUAUUAAUGAGGAGGAGGAGGAGGAGGAUGAUGAUGAUGAUGAUGUUUUAUGUAGACCAGAAACAACUAAAUCAACAUAUUAAGAUGGCAUGCAUGUAUUUUUUAUUAUUCACACUUGAACUUUAAUAUAUGAAACGUCUAUUUAUUAUUUGCAAAAACAUAUUGAGAAAGUUUAAUGGACAGCCAUCUCACAAAAGGAUCUUGUUUCAGCUAACAAUGCAAGGCUGUGUCAUAUUAUAUGUACAAUGUUCUUUUAGAAUAAAACCCCAUAUUGUUCAUUAGUCAUUCCAUGCUUUCCUUUAUUGCUUAUUUGUGUUUGUAUUGUUUGUUUCAUUGUAUUCAUUUAAAUGUAUGUACUAGCUUACUUGUUUAUAACAUCAGUUGAUGCUUAUCUCACUUCCAUUAGUGUUAAGAAUGAUUGUGACAAAAAUGUGUUACAUUUUUUCCCGCUCCAGUUAUUGAUACUAGUAUGAGGAUAUUACUGGAACUAAAUGAUGCAACUCCAACAAUACACAAACUUACUCUACAGGAUGUAACAUCUGCAGUCAGGCAUUCACAUGUCAAGCACUCACAUGUCAGCACCAACAGUGCAGCACAUCCAGCGCAAGUGAUACGCAGAUUCUUUCAAAGCUAUUUCUGAUUGACUGGACACAGCACAGACUGAAGUGGAGAUGAGUCAGACAUAGAGGGAAAAUGCGUCUCCAUUCAAUUCCUGGUAUUUCUUCAUUCAUGCUUAGGCCCUUAGUCAGCUGACUCAAUGUCUUGUGUGUGUGUGUGUGUGUGUGUGUGUGUGAGUGUGUGUGUGUGUGUGUGUGUGUGUGU